AAUUUAAUUGGUGUGGUGGGCCUGAUUUUCUGACAAAAAUACCAAGAUCUGAAAUUAGUUGUACCGGGUAUCUCGUCUAGUCGUUUGAGAUGGCAGAAGACGGGAAGUUCCGAAUUGAGAAGUUCGAUGGUACAAAUUUCAGUUGGUGGAAGAUGCAAAUUGAAGAUUUGCUGGUUCAGAAAGAUUUGGACGUGGUAUUGGGUGACAAGCCAGAAAAGAUGUCAGAUGCAGAUUGGGCAGGAUUGGAUCGGAAAGCUAUGUCCGUGAUCCGUCUCUCGUUGACCAAGAAUGUUGCGUUCAACAUUCUGAAGGAGAAGACAGCGAAAGGAAUUUUGGAAGCGUUGUCUAACAUGUACGAGAAGUCAUCUGCAGCUAACAAAGUUUUUCUGAUCAGAGAGCUGGUGAACACAAAAAUGAAAGAAGGCACUUCAGUUACCGAGCAUAUCAACAAGUUGAAUUCGAUCUUAGCCAGACUUUUGUCAGUGGGCAUUAAGUUCGAUGAUGAAGUUCAAACUUUACUACUGCUAUCGUCUUUACCUGAUAGUUGGUCCGGAACGGUUACAGCGGUUACCGGUUCAGUGGGACCUGAUGGAUUCACCUUUGAUCAGAUUCGAGAUUUCGUUCUUGGUGAGAAUGUCAGAAGAAAGAGUUCAGGGGAGUCAUUUGGUGAAUUGCUUCAUGUUGGUAGAGGCAGAAGAAAUAGCAGAGGUAGUGGGAGCGGGAACAGACGAAGGAGUCAGUCGAAGACUCGCGACAGCUCAGGUGUAACGUGCUGGAAGUGCAAGGAGGUAGGGCAUUUUAAGAAUCAAUGCCCGAAUGACAAGAAAGUGAACAUUGCUGAAGGUUCUGCGAGGGACGAGGAAGUCACUCUGACUUGCUGUGAGGAAAGCAAUGUGGAUUCCUGGGUCAUGGAUUCUGGCGCUUCAUUUCAUGCUACCCACAGGAGUGAAGCAUUGCAAAAUCUGGUUAUUAGAGACUUUGGAAAGGUACGACUAGCAGACGAUAGAGCUCUUGAGGUGACGGGCAUGGGUGACAUGGUGUUAAAGACCCCAGUCGGUUUCUGGACUUUGAAGGAUGUCAGAGUUGUUCCAGGCUUGAAGAAAAGUUUGAUUUCUGUCAGGCAGUUGGACGAACAGGGACACGAGGUGAAGUUCAGGGAUGGGCAGUGGAAGGUCGUGAAGGGAAAUCUUGUCAUGGCCCGUGGAAAGAAGAGAGGUUCGCUGUACAGGGUCGAGUUACCAUCUGAGGGAGUGACCGUCCCAGUUCAGAAAAGAAACAAACUCCGGUUCACAGAGUCUCGUGGGCAGAAUAAGGUUGUCUGUGCAAGAGAGAAACCUAGAGCCACUGGUCAGACUCAGGAUGAACGAGCGAGGAAAGGUUCAAGGGGGCCAGUCAGAGAAAAUUUCUUGCUGAGUACGGAGAUUGUUUGUUCUGAGGAUGUUCCAGGAUCCGGCAGUGUGCGUCUGCAGUGGGAGCCGGUAGGGACCGAGGACGAGUCAGGGGCAGAUUUAGCCGUGACUGAUGUGUUGGAGCUUGGGAGAGCUUCAACGGGCCUUUCAGUUGUCUGAUGAGAGGGCCGCUGCAACAGGAGAGCUGAGGAAGAUUACUCGACGUACAGGCGAUCUUGGCGGAUGGCAGUUGAUGAU